AUAUUUACUUCGUUUCACUGGUUGCAACAGAAGAAUUAUACGUAAACGUAACCCACGUAAACCAAAGUAAACAACGAUCGUUAGAAAACGAUUAUACAAAUAUUUAUUAAAUAAGAUAUGGAAGACUCGUUAAAGAAUGAAACUAGUAGUAUUAAUGAUAAUCCAAUUGUUUUCCUGGAUAUAGCAGUUGAAUCAGAAAAAGUUGGAAGAGUUGUAAUACAGCUUUUUAAAGAUGUUGUACCACGAACAGCAGAAAAUUUUCGUGCUUUGUGUACUGGAGAAAAAGGUAUUGGGAUUAAUGGAAAAAAAUUACAUUACAAAGGAUCAAUAUUCCAUAAAGUGUUACCACAGUUUAUGAUCCAAGGUGGGGACAUAAUAAAUUUUGAUGGAACAAGUGGAGAAAGUAUAUAUGGAGCACAAUUUGAAGAUGAAAAUUUUAAACUUUCGCAUACAUCAGGUGGAUUAUUAAGUAUGGUAAACGAGGGUUAUCCUAAUAGCAACAGUUCUCAAUUUGUUAUUACUAUUUCGGCUAGUACACAUUUAGAUAAUACCAAUGUAGUUUUUGGGAAAGUUUUGAAAGGGAUGGGAGUUAUAUUGGAAGUAUCUCAAGUGUCUACAGUAAAGGAUGUUCCAGUCGAGAAAAUACACAUAACAAACUGCGGAGAAUUAAAGGAAGGUCAGGAUUGGGGAUUGGAAGAAAAUGAUGGCACAGAAGAUGUUUUUACCCCAUGGCCGGAAGAUUGGGAUUAUUGUAUGAAUAUCAAAGGAGUCGAUGACACAUACAUAACGGAAGUUAUCAGAAAGAUAAAAGAUUCAGGAAAUGAUUAUUUUUCACAAAAGAAUUAUGUGGAUGCAGGCAGGAAAUAUAAGAAAGCAUUACGUUACUAUAAGUGGAUGCUCAAGACAGUGGAUAUAUCAAAACCUUGUAAUGAAACGCUAAUAAAUACUAGAAUGGCUCUAUUGCUUAAUCUUGCAGCUGUUAAAUUAAAAGCAAAGAAACAUCGUGAAGUAUUAAAGUUAUGUACAGAGGUUUUACAGUUGGAUAAGAACAAUAGUAAAGCACUAUUUCGUAGAAGUCAAGCAUAUAUGGGAUUAAAUGAAUAUGAUUUAGGUUUGAGAGACUUAAAACGGGCAUCGUCAAUAUCCCCCAAUAAUAAGGACAUUUUAAUAGAAAUAGAAAAAGUGAAAAAAGUUAUGAGUUCAUAUCUAGCGAUUGAAAAAGCAUCAUGUCAAAGAAUGUUCAAAUAAGAACAAGACAUUUUAUAAAAUAUUUGUAAAUAUAGCAAAAUAUUACAUAUGCAUCAAUAUUUUUAUAUUAAACACUAGUGGUAUUUAAUCAAUUUUGUAAAUGUAUUAUAUACACAAUAUGUUUUCAUAUAUUAUUUAAUUUUUAUAUUUUAUUAUUGACAGUAAUUCUCAGAACCUGAAACAUUUUCUCAUAUAAGAGAAAGUAUCAAAUUUGACACACAGCAUAUAAAUAAAUAUAUUUUUAAUACAAAUUUUCUUUCAUUUAAGAAGAAUGCAGCUGAUAGAAUUGUAUGCAUUCAACAUACUACCGCGAAGAUAAAUUUAUCCUAUCCUAUAAAAGUUAC